AGAUCACAACAGACUGUCUACAGCCAGCUGUCAGUGAAGCUGUCAGUGAGCGCUUAUGUAUUUUCGAACAUAAUUUCCUUAUUUGGGUAUUCAUAUUAGAAGAUUCGUUUGUCAGAAUGCCCAAAGGAGGUAAAAAAGGUGGACACAAGGGCCGUAUGCGGACAUACACUAGCCCCGAAGAGAUAGACGCCCAAAUGAAAGCAGAGAAAGAGAGGAAAAGGCAAGAGCAAGAAGAGGGUGAAGGGGCAGUUCAGAACGACGAGGCAGAAGGGAAAACUCCAGUGUCAGGAUCUGAUGACAGUGAUGAUGAGGACUCUCAGAGAAGGAGAGGAGGUGUGGAGGGAUUGAUAGAAAUUGAGAACCCUAACCGAGUGGCUCAGAAAUCAAAGAAGGUCACACAGAUUGAGUUGGAUGAGCCCAAGCAGUUAUCAAGGAGAGAGAGAGAGGAGAUUGAGAAGCAGAAAGCUAAAGAGCGCUACAUGAAGAUGCACCUAGCAGGAAAGACAGACCAGGCAAAAGCAGACCUCGCCCGCCUUGCCAUCAUCAGGAAACAGAGAGAGGAGGCAGCAAGGAAAAAAGAGGAAGAGAAAAAAGCAAAAGAAGCAGCAGUGGCAGCAGCAAGAGGAAUAAAUUCCCUCUCCUUGAAAUGAUGCAGAGUUCAUACAUCAGCAUUUUCAGCAUUCAUGGACUGGCACAAUAUAUAUUUGACUAUUUUUAAAGGAAAAGCUAUGAAGAGAAUUUACAUUUACAUAAAACCAUUUGGAAAAUGGUUGAGGAGAGAACCAAUGAAAGGGGAUGUGUAUAUUUAAGAAUGGAAUUAUGGCUUUGACGCUACUCCAAGGAAACAAGUCUACAGUUGAGAAAACAACGGUUGAGAAAACACUCAUCUUUGCUGAAACUUUGAAUGGCCCCUCCAAUCUAUAACCUUGUAUAUGAUAUCGGUACACUGUAUCCUCAUCAUAGUAUAAUUCCAACUUUGUUAGUUGAGCUUUGCCACUUGGGUUUGUUUUUUGGUUGGGGUGAUCUUGCACUGUACAUAACUCAGUCAUGAAAAUAUUUCAGAUUAAUAUGAUGAAACCAGUAAAACGUGUUUAUCGUUUUCAUUUGUCGACCCACUGUUAGGAAAGCUUUUACAGUGACAUAUAUUAGGCUUUCCAAAGAUACAUGUAAACAAACAUAUUUAGGGGACACCGAUAGGAACACAACAGUGAUAGAAAAACAUACAAAGAGUAAGAUGGAAGAAAUAUCUGAUCAUUAUUUGGUUAUGAAAAGCUACUGUAAUCGACUCCAUUGUGACUGCCAUAUAGCUUUUAUAUACAAUUUUACACCUGUCUUGGUUAUUUACUUUUUUCUGCUACCAAAGGCUGAUAUAUUCUUACAACCCCAAAGAACUAAACUUCUCCAAACUUUUCCUUUGUAUUAGUUAUUAGAAUCCCUUAUACUGUAAACGUUAACGAGCUAUGGAAGUAUUGAUUCAGGAGUUUUUUGACCUUAACAUGGAGUCAUUUUUUCAAGGAGCUGACAAAAUGACUGAGGUUUUUCUGGAUAAAAAGCAGUAUAACAUUUACAUUUCUCAACAAAUUUCAACGAAUGGUUUUUAUAUUCGAGGGUUUAUGAUCUGCAUAGAGUAGAAAAAAAAUAUUUGUCUCCAGCUACUUAGAAUCUUGAUAGUUAGGCUAUAAUCGCCUCUAGACGCUCGAGAGGAGAGUGAUUACUUGCGUGGUGGAAAAGAAUUCAUUAUCAUAAGGAAUUGUAAAAAAAACUCGUGUUUUUCAAAAAUGGGUUUGGCUUAUUUCCCUUGGUUAAUACUUGUGGAGUCGUCCCGAUAUAUUUAAUAUAAUGUACAUGAAACAUGCAGAAAGUUUUUUACAUUGUGGGAAAUGGCUUCUCCUGUCUAUGUCCCGUCAUUUUAGCUUUUCUUGUGCUCCAGGUCAGAACACAGCUCAUUCACUUUGCAAUAUUGGAAAAAAAAAUCGAAAAAGUACUAAUAAUUGACCAUCAUUGGGAAAAAUGGGACAAAAUCGGCAAAUAAAAAUCAGAUAGUGAGACAG